CGCCAGAGUUGUUUGUGAUUUUCAUCAAAGUACAAAAGUUCGUCUCUAUCUCUAGUUGUGCGAUAAUAAUUUGCCUUUUUUUUUAACAAGGAACAAUCACCUGCAGUCGAUCACGAUCACUACGUCAACGAUCAAUUCAAUUGACAAAAAUUUCUGGAUCUAUUUUACUGAAAGGAAGACAAGGACAAUGUCAAUCAAUCAGCACCACGCCAAUGAAACCGAAAUUCUAUCAAAAGUUGGUAGAAAUCUCUAUUUGAACGCCGAGAAGGCCGAUGUUCAUUUCAUUUUCGAAUCCGAGGACGAGCGUGUUCCAGCUCAAAAAAACAUUUUGUCCAGCGGCAGCGAUGUUUUCGACACGAUGUUUUAUGGUCCGUUGAAGGAAGAAGGUGACAUCAAAAUCGUCGACGCAACAGCUGAAGCGUUCAAAGAAUUUCUGCGCUUCUUCUACUUCAACAAGGUCGAUGUGAGCAUGGAACAUGUGCCGGACGUCAUGUAUCUCGGCAGAAAGUACAAUGUAGCCGACUGCCAGCGGUUGUGCGUAAAUUUAUUGGCAGCCAAUAUCAUAGAACAAAAUGCUGCUUUCGUUCUUGGUUUGGCCAUCAUUUAUGACGAGAAGCAGCUGCAGAAAUCGUGUGAAUUGAUCAUUGCAUCGCUAACGGAUGAAGUUUUUAAAUCCGAGAAUUUUCUCGUUUGUGAUCGUCGAGUGUUGGAGCACAUCCUCAAAAUGGAUCGUCUUGCGUGUACUGAAGCGGAACUGUUUGAAGCAUGUAUGUCAUGGGUCCGAGCGACCAGUAAUGAAGAUCAUCUGACUAGAGAUAUUGUCCAAACUCAUUUGGGACGGUUAUUCUAUGAAAUUCGAUUCGGAGCCUUGACUUUAAAAGAAUUUGGCGAACUGCUGCCUGUGUACGGCGAGUUGUUCUCUGCAAAUGAAUACAGCGAAAUUCUUCGACUGUUUUCCGGACAGGAAAUGAAGCCAAAAAUAUUCCAAAUGGAACAACGUUCACCCAAUUGGGAUCGCACGAAGCUAAUUGUGUACGAUCACGGCGCAAAAUUUGCUGCAAGGAACAAAUUGAAAUCAGAAUCAGUCACACAGUUCUCUUCCAACACCAGGCUCUUGUUAAGAUAUUUUGUUGUUGACCUAGUUAUAACCGAAAUGAAGAUCGUUCGAAAGAUUGAGAAUGUUAAAGUAGCUGUCAUCGCCGAUUCGACAGAAAUAACUCAAUUCACUUGCACAUUACAAUACUUAGGUUGGGAUUGCAAAGUAGAUCUUCCAUCACCAAUAUCCAUCAUGUCUGAAAACAUUUAUGAAAUUUGGAUAACGUUUCCAACUCGUUUCCAACAGCCAUUUACGUACAGGUAUUCAAAUUCAGCGGAACAGUUUGAAAAUAAUGUCGUUUUAAGUUUCCACAAUUACGAACAUGAUUGCAACGGAUCAAGCAUAAAAUCACUUGGAUUCAAUUUGAUGCAUUGUUAAUGAUGUA